AUGAGCUAUCCCGUUACGAAAUUAGCAACAGUAACUGGAAAAAAAUUGUUGGUUAAUGCAGCGCCUAUUCAAAUCUCGGAUGCUGAGCGUCCGCGGCGCGCUCGUGACCGGCCCCGCGCGUGCGCCGCUAUGCGCCCGCGCUCCAUUAAUAUCGGCGGUCGUCGGCCGCGGCCGAUGCGGUUCGUGCGAUUAACGAUCAUGAUUCGAUUACGCACCCCGCACACCACUCCGCGCUCCCCCGCCUACACUCCACAGAGUACAUCCACCAUCUAUGGUAGCCGAAACUAUCAAAAAUAUUAUAAACCAACAAUAAAGUCACCACAAAAAUUUCACCGCAAAUUUCUUGGCCGCCCGCGCCUGCGCCCGCGCCCGCCCCCGCCCGCCGCCGCCCGCGCGCGCCCACGCUGCGCCGUGCCGUUCCAUCCGCUGCACCCGACAACUUGUUAC